GUUAACCACUUGUGCUGGAAUUAAUUCUCCAAUGUGCGUUACCAAACUGUUCACGAUAAUUCCAAAUGAACCAUAACUCGAAAUUAAAGGACACGGUAGCGUUCCACACCAAAAUGUCAUUUCUAUAUAAAUUUUAGGCAGACGCGUACAGUAAAUCUGUUUGUUAAUAAUUUUAUAUGGAAUGAUAAACUUCAAAGCAAUAUGAAAUAAGAAAUGGAACAAGAAGUUUCAUACAAUUCCAGAAUGCAACCAAAGUACCCCUUAUGGGUUUACAUUCAGACUUGCUCAAUCCACCGGAGACACAAAAAUUAGAAGACGUACAAUCAGAAGCCGACCAGUCGACGGAAAGUGAACCUGUCCCUGAUCAAGACAUAUUAGAAUCCAUCGAAGAAAUUUAUUUUAAUACAGACCAUAAUUUUGAUUCUAGUAGGCACGAGCUAGAAAAAUUACCAAAUGUUUUGCAAUCCAAAGAGAUCGAUAAAUGUUGCAAAAAGCUUAAACAACAACAUCAGGUCGUUUCGAAGAAAGUUCUACAGCUUAUUUUGCAGAAGCAGAAUGCUUGCAAAAAGGAAUUUGAGAAAAUCUUGCUGAUUCAGGAACAACUGCAGGAUGUUCUAGAAAUAUGUAGAAUGGGAAGAGCGGACUUAAAAUUAGCUGAAAAGCAAUUUACGACAGCCAGCUUGGGAAUACUAGCAAAUUAUCAAAAACGUCAAAUUAUAGAGGAGUUGUUAAAUAAUUUAAAUACUAUAAAGACAUUGCAACGUACGGGAGACCGAUUACAGGAGCUUUUGAAUGAAAAGAAUUAUCCUAGAGCAAUUUCGUUACUUUUGGAAUGUCAAAGCGCUGCGCAGACUUAUAAGCAUUUCCAUUGCAUUGCUGCUUUAAAUGGAAAAUUACAAGAUAUUUUAGAACAAGCGGAAGAAGCAUUGGAUAUUAUGCUUUCGAAAAUGUGCACGCAGUUCGAUGUAACUAUUUAUACAUCGAUACAAGAAGCAUAUUCUCUAUUAGGGAAAACUCAAUCUGCAAUAGAUCAGCUGCACAUGCAUUUCACAGCGGCAAUCCACAAUACUGCCUUUGCUGCUGUUCAUUCGUACGCAGGUGGGGACACGAAAAGGCAGUACAAACAACUCUGUCAAUCUGUGCCCUGUGAAAAUUGCAUUGCUUGUCUAACAGAACUGUGUAAAUCGCUCUGGACGAUAUUAAGCUCCUAUUACUUGGUAGUAAAUUGGCAUAAUACACAAGAGAAUAAAGUAAAAUUUGAUCCUGACGUUAAAGAUUUAGAAGGGACUUUUAGCAAAGAGUAUGUAAAACAUAAAUUAGGGAACAGUAUGAUUCGGGUAUGGCACGAUGUCGAAAUGAAAAUAUCAAUAUUUUUAAUGAAUGCUGAUUUAACUUACAUCAAAUUUGAACAAUUUGUUCAAGUUUUGGGUAUAGUUAACAGAUUAAUGGAAAUUGGAGAAGAGUUGUGUGGUUUCAAAUCGGAAAAUUUACAGGAAUCUAUACGAAAACAAUCAUUAUCAUAUUUCUCUCAUUAUCAUGCAUCGAGGCUGGAUGAACUCAGAAUAUUUUUAGAGAAUGAUGGUUGGGAAUUGUGCCCCGUGAAAUCUAAUUUUGUAGCUACUCAAUUGCAAGAGUUUAAAAGUUUAAAACCGUCGCUGAAUAUUUGUAAAGUAUGGAAUAGUUUAGAUAACUCGAACGUUAGCGAGAAUGAUAAUCCUAUGGGGUUAGAAUGGGUUCAAAAAUAUUUGGAAGGAGGCGUAUCCCCGUUUUCCAUAGGUUUAGACGAUACGAUGGACGAAGAUAUUUUGGUAAAGAAUGAGGACAAUCCACCGGGAUACUAUUCCGAUGAAUCAGACGACGAUAUUCCUGAUGAAUUGAAGCACGAAUACGUCGAUGACUCGGAUCAUGUUAAAACGAAUAAAAAGAAAUGCAAACUAAAACAAUCAGGACCCAUGGUGACGAACACUACGUUAAGUAUAUUGCGCGUUUGUGGUAAAUAUCUACAAAUGUCGAGACUUCUGCGCUCGAUCGCGGUCACUGUCAUACAAAGUAUGAUACAAUUUUAUGAACUGUGCUUCUACACGGUACAUUUAUUCUUUACUUCGGAUCUUCAAAUAAAUAGCGACUCGUUGUACAGUCCAAAGUUAAAAUUAUCAUUGGCAAGAAUUAAGGAGAACUUAAUUAUCUGUGAGAACGAUACCGAGGACAAUAUUAAAUCGAACUCUGAUAAAGUACAACAACCGCAGCUUUCUUCCACCGUAAAUUUAUCACAGCCGGAAAGGCUUCACGGUUUGAUCGAACGUAUCGUAGCAGUGGAGUCUUUGAUAUUUUUGGGCCAGCAAUACGAAGGCUUAAAACCGUAUCUGGAACAUCUUAUCGCGACUAGUCCGCAGCGCGGUUUCCUCCAUCAAUUUUAUAUGCAAACAAUAGCGUCGACGACGGAUUUAAGAAAGCCGGUAUAUAUGGCGGUUGCGUCCCAAGCAUUCGACGUUACAAACAUUUUAAUUUUAAUGAACAAGGUCAAUUGGGAGGUGACGGAUGUCAUGUCUCAACAUAGUGGUUACAUUGACUCGUUGCUUCAAGAAAUAACCGUGUUGAACGAAAGACUGGAGAAUAUUGGAAGUUGUCUUCCUUUGUCAAGCGAUGUAUAUAACGCCGUUUGGGAAAAUGUCGCACACCUAAUAACUCAUACUUUGGUAGAAGGAUUCUCGAAUGCCAAAAAGUGCUCGAACGGAGGUAGAGCACUGAUGCAACUCGAUUUCACGCAACUGAAGUCAAAAUUCGAAACGUUAACUUCUCUAAGACCGAUGCCGCACAGAGAAUAUGUCGAAUUAUACAUUAAAGCAUACUAUCUUCCAGAAAAUAGUUUGGAAGAGUGGAUAAAAGAGCAUAAGGAAUAUUCUGUAAAACAUUUAAUUGGCUUGAUUUCUUCGGCGUAUCAGAAUAAUAAGAAAACUCGACAAAGAUUAAUAGCAUUAAUAGAAGAACAACGGCCCGGUAGAUAGCAUCAGGCUAUACAUUAUAAUACAUCUCAAGACUACGUCGAAAUAGGAAUUGCUUGAACCACGAAUUCAUAGAAAUAACUAACAGAGGAAGAAAAAUGUAUUUUUUUUUCCUUGUAAAUAUUUGGAAAAAAUAUUAUUGUACCGCUGAAGUAAGUGGGUCAACUUAAUAUCUCUCUAGUUUUCAUGACAAUUACAUUUUUUUUUUUUAAUCAGCGUGUGUAUCUCGGGUCCAUAAUAUGGCUUUUAAUCGGGGGUUGAAAAGCUUCCGAAGGUAACUGUUUGAGAACCGAAAUCGAUAACGUAACAGUUUCCAAUUCCUGGUUUUAAUAGAUCUGUCGAAAAUUAGUUUGUAAAAUUAAAGGGGUAUGUGAUAAAAUUCAAAAUCUAGUAUCACUGGGAUAUACAUCGUUAAAUAAUUAAACGAAUCUCAUAUCGAAAUUUAUAAUUAUUAUUAGAUUCGUACGAUACCGUUAGUAGUCCUAUACACAUGGAGAUUUAUUAGAGGUUUUACUACGAGUUUCGUCGACCGACCUUCGUGCUGAUCAUUAUUGACGAGAUAGACGAUCGAUGAAAUUUGUGAACAAGGGUUCCGGUAAACCCUUUGUUAUGUACGAGUCGCUUCGCGUAUAAACAUGUUUAAUACAAUCGUGUAUUUUUCACUCCGUAUAAUAGGAAACGUAUAAAAUUUAUUACAGUAUUAACGAGAUUUUGAAUGAAAAGUUGCGUGCGCUUUCAAUUUCGAAAUUCAAACGUUAUUGGAUCUGAUAAUGGUAAUAACUUUACGUUUGACUUACGCUUUUCUAUACUUAAGUUCAAUGGUCGCUAACCUUAAAGAAUAUAGAAGCUAACUAUAUAAGGUUUACAAUUUCGAUGAACUAUACGUGUUGAAAGUGUAUAGCCAGUGGCAGAUUAUUUAUUUAUGUUCGCAGAGGUCCCGCCUAAUAUUUUAAAAUACCGUGAUUUAAAUGGAAGAAAAGCAAGGCAUCGAUUUGUAUUUAAACGUUUUAUUUGUAUAGUAAAAUAUGUAGAACAAAGUUAUAAGUACUGACCAAUAAAGUCAAAAUAAAUAAAAAGAUAAUUUAUUUGGUUGGUUUGGGGGUCCCCCUGAUGCAUGCCAGGCUCAAGGUGUACACUUCCGCUGACCAUGCAAUAAUCUGCCACUGCUUUUAUAUACAUGUAUGCGCGCGCGCGCGCGCGCGUGUGUAUCUAUAAUAUGUAAAUGACAAAAAUGGAGAGAAUUUUUUGGAAACAAAAAUAGCUGUACUUCUAGGGUAUACAAACGUUAAUACGGGCAACCAUAAUUCGUUUCUACGAUCGACAGUUCGACAACUACUGUUUUUUUUUGUCGUUGUAGAAACGCCGAUGUAAAUAUUAUUCUUCGUAUUCGUUUUAUUUUUAUAGAUCUUUUCAUAUAUAAUAUAAUAAUUGAGAAUAUUUUUUAAAUGUAUGUUAUUUCUUAUGAAAAUUAUAACAUCUAUAAGUUUGUUGAAGUUACGAUUGAAUUUUUUUUUGAACGAAAAUCACAAUCUGUCGUUUCUUUGAUAUUUUUUACAUUUCCCUGUCGAUU